AAGAAUUAAAAGGAACGCACCACAUUAGCUCAAAAUUCGCUGUAUCUUUUCCUCAGAGAGAGAGAGAGACAUGGCGAGAUUUGCGGCGGUGGCUGCGGCGGUGGUGCUGAUUCUGACGGUGACGGCGGCGCCGGAGGUGGAAGCGAAGAAGUGGACGGUCGGCGAGGGCAAGUUCUGGAACCCCAACGUUAACUACACCAUCUGGGCUCAGGACAAACACUUUUACCUCGACGACUGGCUCUACUUUGUGUACGACAGGUACCAACAAAACGUCCUGGAAGUGAACAAGACAGACUACGAGAACUGCAUAUCCGACCACCCACUCCGCAACUGGUCACGAGGAGCCGGAAGGGACGUUGUUCCGCUCAAUGCCCCCCGCCAUUACUAUUUCCUUAGCAGCGGCGGCUUCUGCUUCAGCGGGAUGAAGCUUGCCGUAAAGGUAGAGAAGCUCCCUCCUCCUCCAGAGGCCUCCCCUGCCAAGAGCCUUGGGAUUUCCUCCAUGGUUGCAGGCAUUGCCCAGUUCUUCCUUCCUGUCAUUGUAAUGUGGAAUGUCAAUCUAGAGCUUUGGUGAAGAAGAGACGGACUAGACAGUUACUCUUGGAUCAUGUGUCCAAGUGGAAAUUCUUCAUUCAGGCGAAAAGCCUCUUCCUUUUGUGGGAAGUGGGUGAGUUCUUGUUCUUGUGUGUAAUUGGGGAAACGAGUUGAAAGAGAAGAAGAGUAUUGGCUUUAAUUUAUUAAAUUGAGAAAAUCAGUGGAGAUUUAUUUAAUCAUCAUCAUGAUUAUUAUUAUUAUUAUAAAUGCAAAAGAUAUUGAAUUGUGGAUC